AUGGAUAUUGAUUAUGCUAUUAGGAUAGAUGAACCAUCUAAAAUCACUGAUACCAGCACUGCAACAGACAUCGCACUUUAUGAAAAAUGGGAGCGAUAUAAUCGCCUCAGUUUAAUGUUCAUAAAGACUAAAAUUUUUGCUGGUAUACGCGGUUCUGUCGAUCAACAUGACAAGGUCCAAGACUUGAUAAAAGUCAUUGAUGAUCAAUUCUUCACUUCAGAAAAGGCAUUAGCAAGCAUUCUUAUAAUAAAGUUCUCAUCCUUAAAGCUUACCAGUGUGAAAGGUGACACAUUAAUCAUAGUUCACAUCACCCCUCAAGUACAAACAGGUGUUGAACAACCAAUCAUUGAAAUUCCACAAGCUACCGACAAUGUUCAAAUAAAUCAGGUUAUUCAAGAAUUACCAGGACUUCCUAAACAAUGGGUUGAACCACAAACUUCUCGGGAAGAUGUUGGUACAACAUUAAGAAGAUCUGUUAGAACAAAAAGAUCAGCAAUUCCUAGUGAUUAUGAAGUGUACCUACAAGAACUUGACCACAGUAUUGGAGCUGAAAAUGAUCCCGAGUCAUUUUCACAGGCCAUGAGUUGCAAAGAAUCAGAAUUAUGGUACAAUGACAUGAAGGAAGAGAUGAGUUCCAUGAAGAGUAAUAGAGUCUGA